UCAGUGUAACUCAGCUGAACUCGCAUCUCCCAUCAACAUGCCCUACAACUGCUGCUCUGGAAAUUUCUCCUCCCGCUCCUUUGGGGGCUACCUGCGCUACCCAAGCUCCUCCUGUGGCUCUUCCUUCCCCAGCAACCUGGUCUACAGCCCUGACCUCUGCUUCCCCAGCACCUGCCAGCUGGGAUCCUCUCUCUAUAGCGGCUGUCAGGACACCAGCUGUGAGCCCACCAGCUGCCGGACGUCCUAUGUGGUGUCCAGUCCCUGCCAGACGUCCUGCUACCGCCCAAGGACCUCCUUGCUCUGCAGUCCCUGCCAGACGACUUAUUCUGGAUCUCUGGGCUUUGGGUCCAGCAGCUGCCGCUCCCUGGGCUAUGGAUCCAGGAGCUGCUACUCCCUGGGCUGUAGAUCCAGUGGCUUCAGACCCCUCAGUUAUAGAGGCUGUGGCUUCUCUUCUCAGAGCUGUGCAUCAGGAUUCUACCGCCCAUCCUACCUGGCUUCUAGGAGCUGCCAGUCUUCUUGUUACAGACCAACCUAUAAAUCAACCUUCUGUAGGUCAACUUACUGAAUUUCGAGACCUUUGAAGCAAAAUAUCUUAGUCUCUACUUAGAGCUGCUAUCAUAGGCUUUUGCAGCAGUGUUAGCUAACUCCUCUCAUCUUCAACUCUUCAUCUUUUGUCUGACAGCUAGCACUGGGUGACAAUCUAGCUCUUUCAGACUGUGAAAUAAUGAGUGGCCAAAACAUAGAGUCAAAUGUCUGUAAUUUUGAAAGAAGUAAUUCAUUAUUAUAUAAAUUCUUCUUACAAAAUGGAUGGACGUUCAGUUUUGUUUGACCUAAUAAAUUCAUUUU